AUGAGAUAUAUAUUGAAAGAGAGUGGCAGGGGUCGAAAACGGCGAUUAGUGGCAGUUCCUGUGUGGACCCCAAGGCUACCUUCUUGUCUCGGACAAGUACAUGAGUCAAAACAAACAAAGGGAUACCUUCAGUAUGCCAAGAAUUUGAUCACCUCUGAACGUAUUCUACCUAUGUUGGUAGUAGUAAUUGGGAGAAUGCGGAUUACAUGCUAUGCCCUACUCAGAAGCAGGGAAUUCGCUACCAAUUCUCUCCCAAGGAUAGAUAAAUUGAGUUAUGUUAAUUGUUGGGUGUGGGUGCGGAUUUUGGUAAUAACGUCUUCAACGGCUACUGAUAGCUGUGCCUUUGAGCUGGUGAGAGGGCUAAUUCUUGGCAGUUUAUACGUUUGGACUAUCACUUCGGGAAAAAAAGAGGUGCCCCCGGGGGUUCCCUGGGGAGCCGCCCAGGGGGCCGCCCAGGAGGACCCAUUAAGGGUGUCUGGAAAUGCUGGUAAGCCUGGGUGGAACUUGACUGCAAAGUUCACUAGUGUGCUCAACACUGGGCUAGCACUCUCCACCCUUGCAUAUCUGGAGCGCCAGCCAGAGAUUGCACUUGUACCAACAAGUGAUAUUGUGAAUAUAUCGAACAUGACGGUUGAAGAGACAAGGGGCAACAACAAGACCAGCAGAAGAAAGCAGUGGAAUAUUACUCUCUUCAACCGUCACAAUACCACAUUCAAAAGGCACGAAGUUACUCUUGAAACUUUCAUGGGAAAUAAAGACUGUAGUUCUGUAUUCCAGAAAUACCUAGUGUCUGACGCCAAGUCAGAUAGGGAACAUGAGCUUAUGGUCUUUCAACCAAGCUGGAGAAGUAAUGAGCUUCAGAAACUCUACAAAGAGGUAGAUAAAUUGAGUAAGAGCGACUUGGGGAGGAAAGGGGACUCUAUCAGCAAAAGAAAGAGAGUUGAUGUUGGAAUGGACCCAGCAGCAAAUUUAGCGGUCCCUUUGCCUGAGUGGGCCAUAAAGUAA